AGUUCGUGGGAAGCAUCUGUGAUCAGUGUAGAAAUUGCAAGACUUCAAUUUCAUUAUUCGCAGUUCAUUGCGAAAGCAGAAAAGACAUGUUUGUGGAAGUGUUUUUGAGUCUCUGUGCGAUCUUGGCCACUCUGACGAUUUGGUGGCAGAGAUCUUCGAAGAAAUACUGGGAAGAUCGCGGAGUUUCUUAUAUUCCCGGCGCGCCGUUCGUUGGCGCCUUGAAAGAGAGUGUUUUGUUCAGGAAAAGCACUUCUGAGCUCUUCAAUGAUCUCUACAAUGACGAGAAGACGAAGAACGAACCGAUUUCGGGAUUUUACUCUUUUCACACGCCCGGACUUAUUAUUCGCGAACCUGAACUUAUAAAGAGGAUUUUAGUGACAGACUUCAAUUGUUUUACCGACAGGCGAGUGUCAUUUGACCCAAAUAUUGAUAUCAUUGCAACUCGAUCAUUGCCAUUUGCCAGAGGUGAAAUGUGGAGAAAAAUACGAAAUCUUGUUUCUCCGAUUUUUACUGCAGUAAAACUGAAGAACUUCUUGGUGUCUUUGAAGGAAGUUUGUGAGAUUUUCGAAGUGAAAUUGGCUAAAGAUACGAGCAAAGGAUUCUUCGAAUAUGACGUCAGAGAUCUUUUCAGCUCAUUAAUAGUUGAUAUGAUUUCGCGAUGUGCUUUUGGAGUGAACGCAAAUUCACUGAACAAUAGUGAAUCAGAAUUUCUCGUUAAUGUGAGAAAAAUGACAGAUUUCACAUUCAGACAAGCGUUUGUCUUUUCCAUAGGAUUUUUCUUCCCUGAAUUGUCGGAAAAACUCAAAUUCACCGCUUUUCCUGAAUCGGUUAAUAAAUUCAUGCGACGAUCCAUAAAUCAUGUAAUAGAAGAAAGGGAGAAAAGUGGCGCGAAAUGCAACGAUUUGGUGGAUAUUUUAAUAACAAUGAAGAACACUCAAGGAGACAUAUUUUAUGGAGAUGCUUUAAUAUCUCAGGCGGCUGUUUUCCUAGGCGCCGGUCAUCACACAGUUUCCGUAACUCUCGCUCUCACUAUGUAUAAGUUGGCAAAACACCCAGAAAUCCAGGAGAAAUUGAGAGGAGAAAUUCAGGAAGAGCUCAAAAAUCACGGUGAAUUUUCUUAUGAGUCGAUUAAUCAGUUUUACUACCUUCAAAUGAUUGUUCUUGAAACUCUUCGAUUGUAUCCAGUUUUACCAUUCUUGGACAGAGUUUGUCAGCCAACGGAAGGCGAGAGUUACUCUCUCGAGCCGUUCCACAAUUUCAGCAUCCCUCGCGGAAUGCCAGUCUACAUUCCAGCCGUCGCCAUUCAUCGCGAUCCGAAGUUUUAUCCAGACCCAAACACCUUCAACCCCGAGAGAUUUCGCGACAAUACUAAUAAUACAAAUGAUACAAGUGCCCUCUUCUUGGCUUUCGGUCUGGGUCCUCGAAAUUGCAUUGGCUCCAGAUUAGGGAUGUUUAUGAUAAAACUGGGAAUAAUUUCGGUUCUGAAAAACUACAGAGUUGAAUGUUGCGAAAGAACACCACCGACCAUAAGAAUUGAUAAGAAAGCAUUGAUUCUCCAGUCUGAAGAUCCAGUCAAUUUAUUGGAUGUUUGUGCUCACAAAAUGAGAGUCUUCAGUGUCAUUAACAACGGUGAUAUUGUAAUCCAAUUGUGCAAUCCGAAAGACGAUCUCGAUGGAAUUUUGCACGUUCUGCGCGAAGGUUACAUGAAAAGCGCCAACACUUUUGCUGCUUUCGCGAUGAACAAGCCAGAAGCAGCGAAAGCGCGUCUCGAGUAUGAAAAGAUUGUGAAAGCUGUGCUCUUUGCCGGAAUUUCAGUUGUUGCUCGUGACGUGCGAUCGAAGAGGAUCAUAGGAUACUGCUUAAAUCACAUUCAAUCUCGCCUUCAGUGUGACGAGAAGACAUUCUAUGAGAAGUUUAGAGACAGCAGCGACAGUGAAUUGUUGAAAAGCCUACUGGAUUUCAGGAUUGCCAAAGAUAAGCAAAUCGAUCUCUUUGAAAUGUACAACGUUGAUCAUUACAUUGAGUUCGUCUGGGUUACAACUAUUCCCGAAUAUCGCAAACUUGGUGUUGCGCAAAGUCUAGUCGAGUCCUCACUUAUCAUGGCGAGGGAAAUUGCAGCGGGAAAGUGUCCUGAGACCAUGGAUGAAAGGAUCAAAGACAGAAUUCCCAAAAUAGUCUUCACAAGUUCCAGCUCCAAGUAUUCAUCGACGAUUGUGGAUAAAUUAGGCUUUGUUGCUGUGAAGAUUUUUCCCUUCAACGAGCUCAAAGCCAACGGAAUUCCAGUGUCUGAGAAAGUUUCUUCAGAUCACACAGAAUCGAAGCUAAUGGUAUUUAAAUUCAAAAAAGACAUGUUUGUGGAAGUGUUUUUGAGUCUCUGUGUGAUCUUGGCCACUCUGACGAUUUGGUGGCAGAGAUCUUCGAAGAAAUACUGGGAAGAUCGCGGAGUUUCUUAUAUUCCCGGCGCGCCGUUCGUUGGCGCCUUGAAAGAGAGUGUUUUGUUCAGGAAAAGCACUUCUGAACUCUUCAAUGAUCUCUACAAUGACGAGAAGACGAAGAACGAACCGAUUUCGGGAUUUUACUCUUUUCACACGCCCGGACUUAUUAUUCGCGAACCUGAACUUAUAAAGAGGAUUUUAGUGAAAGACUUCAAUUGUUUUACCGACAGGCGAGCGUCAUUCGAUCCUGUUGCUGAUCCUAUUGGCACGCAAACAAUUGUUAUGGCAAAAGGUGAUUUGUGGAGAAACAUACGGAAGAAUGUUUCUCCGAUUUUUACUGGAAUAAAACUGAAGAACUUCUUCGUCUCUUUGAAGGAAGUUUGUGAGAUUUUCGAAGUGAAAUUAUCCAAAGAUACGAGCAGAGGAUUUUUCGAAUACAAAGCCAAGGAUCUUUUUGGCUUAUUAACAGUUGAUAUGAUUUCGCGAUGUGCUUUUGGAGUGAACGCAAAUUCACUGAAUAAUAGUGAAUCAGAAUUUCUUUUUUAUGUUAGGCAAAUGACAGAUUUCUCAUUCAGACAAGCGUUUGUUUUGUCCACGGGAUUUUUCUUCCCUGAAUUGUCGGAAAAACUCAAAUUCACCGUUUUUCAUGAAACGUCUUAUAAAUUCAUGCAACGAUCCUUAAAUCAUGUGAUGGAAGAAAGGGAGAAAAGUGGCGCGAAAUGCAACGAUUUGGUGGAUAUUUUAAUAACAAUGAAGAACACUCAAGGAGAUAUAUUUAACGACGAUGCAAUAGUUGGUCAAGCGGUCGUUUUUCUGGCUGCUGGAUUCGAUACAGCUUCAUCUACUUUGGCUUUUUCUAUGUAUGAAUUGGCAAAGCACCCAGAAAUCCAGGAGAAAUUGAGGAGUGAAAUUCAUGAAGAGCUCGAGACUUACGGUGAUAUUACUUAUGAGAGGAUUAAUCAGCUGGAAUAUCUUGACAUGUUUGCUCUAGAGGUGCUUCGAUUUUAUCCAGUUUUACCAUUCUUGGACAGAGUCUGUCAGCCAACGGAAGGCGAGACUUACUCUCUCGAGCCUUUCCACAAGUUCAGCAUCCCUCGCGGAAUGCCAGUCUACAUUCCAGCCGUCGCCAUUCAUCGCGAUCCGAAGUUUUAUCCAGAUCCAAACACCUUCAACCCCGAGAGAUUCCGUGGCGAGGGCAAAGACUUGGCUAAGCAAAGCAUCUUUUUGUCCUUCGGUCAGGGUCCUCGAAGCUGCAUUGGCGCCAGAUUUGGAAUGAUUCAAGUCAAACUGGGAAUAAUUUCGGUUUUGAAGAACUACAGAGUUGAAAGUUGUGAAAGAACUCCGUCAACCAUAAGAAUUGAUAAGAAAGCAUUAAUUGUGAAGUGUGCAGAUCCUCUUAAUAAAGCGAUGGCAUUGCUGGUGCUUCUGGCGAUCGCUCUGAGUCUAUGUCUGCUCGCAGUGUGGUGGCAGAGAUCUUCGAAGAAAUACUGGGAAGAUCGCGGAGUGUCUUACUUUCCUGGUGCUCCUUUCGUUGGCAUUUUGAGUGUGUUGUUCAAGAAGAGCAUCAGUGAAGUGUUUGUGGAUCUGUACAAUGGGGCAAGGAGUGAAGCGAUUUCCGGCUUCUUUUUCCUUCACUCUCCCAGUCUAGUGAUUCGCGAGCCAGAGCUGAUAAAGCGCAUCUUGGUGAGAGACUUCAAUAACUUUCAGGACAGGCGAGUGUCCGCUGAUCCCAAGUUCGAUCCAAUUGGCGGAAACAUGAUGGCAUUGGCUCACGGUGAGACUUGGAGGAAUAUCAGGACAAAUGUGUCACCAAUCUUCACGGGAGUGAAGAUGAAGCACUUCUUUGCACUGAUGAAGGAUGUUUGUGAGGUUUUCGACCACAAAUUGUCUCAAGACACUUGCGAUGGUGAAAUUGAAGUGGAUGUGAAGAAUCUCUUUGGAUUGCUGACAAUCGAUAUGAUAUCAAUUUGCGCUUUUGGUGUCAGAGCCAAUUCAAUAAACAACCACAAAUCCGAAUUUUGUGUUCAUGUUCGGAAAAUAACGAACUUUACCUGGCGACGCGCUAUUCAAUUUUUCACGUGCUUCCUAUUUCCCGAACUGGCGACUCUCUUUAAGUUCACAAUCUUCCCAAAAUCCUCAUGCAGAUUCAUCCGUCAGUCCAUCAAUCAUGUGAUGCAGGAAAGGGAGAAGAGCGGAUCCAAACGCAAUGACUUGAUCGAUGUUCUGAUAACCAUGAAGAAUAGUCGCAGUGAUAUCUUCUUUGGGGAUGUUUUAGUGGCUCAAGCCGCAGUUUUCCUCGCCGCUGGAUAUGAAACUACAGCUUCGGUCACGUCUUUUACCAUGUAUGAACUGGCGAAGCAUCAGGAUAUCCAGGAGAAUCUAAGAAAAGAAAUCCUUCUGGCUUUGAAAACUCGCGGAGAAAUUACUUAUGAAGCAAUUCAUCAACUUCAGUACCUUCAAAUGGUUGUUCAAGAGGUGCUUCGAUUGUAUCCAACUUUACCAUUCUUGGACAGAGUUUGUCAGCCAACGGAAGGCGAGACUUACUCUCUCGAGCCUUUCCACAAAUUCAGCAUCCCUCGCGGAAUGCCAAUUUACAUUCCAGUCCUUGGAAUUCAUCGCGAUCCGAAGUUCUAUCCAGAUCCAAACACCUUCAAUCCAGAGAGAUUCAGAAAUAACGUUAAGGAUUUCUUCUUCCUGUCCUUCGGUCAGGGUCCUCGAGGCUGCAUUGGCGCCAGAUUCGGAAUGCUUCAGGUGAAGUUGGCAAUCAUUGCGGUGUUAAAGAAUUACAGAAUCGAACGCUGUGACAGAACUCCGUCAACCAUAAGAAUUGAUAAGAAGGCUUUGAUUGUGCAGUCUGAAGAUCCUAUUCAUUUAGUGUUCAAAAAGCUCUGAUUUGGAGGA